AUGGCCAAUGCUCCUCCAUCUGCGCCGCCUUCCGCCGGCGAAAUUGCCAACGACCACACUGUCGACAUAAACCAAAAUUCAAAUAAAACCACCGCAGUUAACUCCAUCGACGACAUCGUCGAAUGCUACUUGUCUGCAUCCACCGGCAGCCUCCUCUUCCCCAUCCUGGUCUGCCUCGCCUGGAUCUUUGACUCCCAUCAAACCUUCAUCAAUGUCUUCUCCGAUAAUCCACCGCCAUGGCACUGCACCUCCUCCACUUGCAAUGUCACCACACCAUGCAACCUCCCAUCCACCUCCUGGUCCUUCUCCCAACACCGCAAAAUCUCCACCAUUUCUGACUUCUCCCUCGAGUGCGCCUCUCCUGUUCUCGUCGCCCUCCCCGCCUCUUCAUUCUACGCUGGCUGUCUCGUCGGCGGCCUCUCCCUCGCCACCCUCGCGGACUCCCGCCUCGGCCGCAAAAAGACACUCGUUUUCUCUUCCUUGACCAUGUCUCUCACUGCCGCCCUUACCGCCUUCUCUCCCAACCUCGCCGUCUACGCCGCCCUUCGCUUCGCCUGCGGCUUUGCUCGUGCCAACGUUGGCACCUCCGCUUUUGUCCUUUCGUCUGAACUCGUCUCCCGCCGCCACCGCAAGCUCGUCAGCAUCCUCACCUUCAUCUUCUCCACCACCGGCUUCGUCACCCUUCCCCUCAUAGCCUUCCUAAACAGAGGAAACUCCUGGAGACUGCUCUAUCUCUACACUUCAAUCCCCUCACUCUUUUACAGCAUUAUUCUCCAUUUAAUCAUGAAAGAGUCCCCUCGUUGGCUUCUUUUAAAAGGCAAGAGAAAAGAAGCCAUUAAAACACUGCAACAGCUCUCACGUUUAACAGAAACAUUGAGCUUCCCUGACUUUGCAUUGACGUCCUCUGACAAAACAGAAUCACAUGAUCUGUUCUCGGCGGCGAGGAUAUUAUGGGAGAAACGGUGGGCUCUCCGCCGGUUGGGAACAGUUAUGAUAGUGAGCUUUGGCAUCGGAAUGAUGUACUACGGAAUGCCGCUCAAUCUCAGCAAUCUUAAUGCUAGCUUAUACAUUAGUGUGGCACUGAAUGCGGCAACAGAGCUUCUAUCGGAAUUUGUCGUCUUCUUCCUCGCAAAUGUGGUGAGUCGACGGAAAUCCUUGGUCGGGCUGAUGGUUGUGAGCGGCGGCUGUAGCCUUGCUUGUACAGCAAUAGGCGGAUGGAUCGCUGUGGUGGUGGAGUUAGUUGCAUUCUUCGGCGUUUUUACGGCAAUUAGUGUGCAUAUGAUUUAUAGUGUGGAACUGUUUCCAACGUGUGUAAGAAACUCGACGCUGGCGGUGAUGAGGCAGGCGUUGGUGCUCGGUGGGGUGGUGGCGCCGGCGAUGGCGGUGGCAGGGAGGAAGACAAAGUUUCUUUCUUUUGGGGUGUUUGGGAUAGUUAUCAUUUUCUGUGGGUUGUUUGCUGUGUUCUUACCAGAAACGAGGGGGCGUACGAUCAGCGAUACAAUGGAGGAAGAGGAGCAUAAGAUGAGGGAGGGCCAAAGUUCAUCUUGA